AAAACGGCAUCGGCUCAAGAACCAUACACGAAACAGCUGUCUGCCUCAAUAUAUUAGAGUGAAUUUGAUAAAGAUAUUCUGUUGGAGGAGGGAGGAGAGUACUGGCUUAACAAAAGCCAUCGGAAUUCUCGAUGCUGCCGUUAGCACAGAUGUUAAGUUCUCGACUGCCAUGGCUUGGAAACCGUGUGGUGGCUGCUCAACCUCAUUUUCAUGUGGCCUGUCAACUUUUCUGCAAUGAUCUCAGAAUGUUUUCAAAAGAAGAGCCCGGUCCAUCUGUCCAAAUAACUUCCAAAGAAGUGUUUGACAGAGAAGAGAAAUAUGGUGCCCAUAAUUACCAUCCACUUCCUGCAGCACUUUGUCGUGGCAAAGGUGUAUUCAUGUGGGAUGUAGAAGGGAAGAAGUACUACGACUUUUUGAGUGCAUAUUCAUCUGUGAACCAAGGUCACUGUCACCCGAAGAUUGUUUCUGCAUUGAAGCAACAAGCUGAGGUCCUUACUCUCACAUCUCGUGCUUUCUAUUCAGAUGUCCUUGGAGAGUAUGAGGAGUUCAUUACCCGUUUAUUUGGCUAUGACAAAGUGCUGCCUAUGAAUACAGGUGUUGAAGGUGGUGAGACUGCAUGCAAGCUUGCCAGAAAAUGGGGUUAUGCUAAGAAACAAAUACCAAAGAAUCAGGCAAAAAUCGUUUUUGUUGAAGGAAACUUCUGGGGUCGAACAUUGUCUGCUAUUUCCAGUUCUACCGAUCCAAGCAGUUAUGAAGGUUUUGGACCCUUUAUGCCUGGUUUUGUCAUCAUACCUUACAAUAACCUUGAAGCUUUAGAUGAGGCCCUGAAGGACCCCACAGUCUGCGCCUUUAUGGUAGAGCCCAUCCAAGGAGAAGCAGGUGUAGUUGUGCCAGAUCAUGGAUACUUGCAUGGGGUACGAGAACUAUGCAGCAAGUAUCAGGUGUUGUGGAUAGCUGAUGAGAUACAGACUGGGCUUGGACGCACUGGAAAGCGGUUGGCAGUUGAUCAUGAGAAUGUUCGGCCAGAUAUCCUAAUUCUUGGCAAAGCCUUAUCUGGAGGAGUGUUUCCGGUGUCAGCAGUACUGGCAGAUGAUGAGGUAAUGUUGUGCAUCAAACCAGGAGAACAUGGCUCCACAUAUGGAGGCAAUCCUCUUGGGAGUAAGGUGGCAAUAGCUGCUGUUGAAGUCCUGGAAGAAGAAAAGUUAGCACAAAAUGCAGAGAGUCUUGGCAUUAUUCUCCGCUCUGAGCUUUCUCAGCUACCAAAGGACGUGAUUUCCUGUGUGAGAGGGAAAGGUCUACUAAAUGCAAUCGUCAUAAAUAAAGAGUUUGAUGCAUGGGAUGUAUGUGUAAAAUUGAUGGAGAAUGGACUGUUGGCAAAGCCCACCCAUGGGGACAUAAUAAGACUGGCCCCUCCUCUCGUCAUCACAGAAUCUCAACUGCAUGAUGCAAUCAGAAUCAUCAAGGACACUGUAUUGUCAUUCAAGAAAUAAUACUGCUUAAUUAAAUUGUUGUGAUAAGUUUAGAUGAACAGUUACAAGAAAUAAUCUUGAUAAUACAAAUAUCACAUUUACAGACUGAUUAAGUUAUUAAUGAACAUCAUUUGAUUCCUAGCUUUGUCACAAAUAUUUUAAAUUUAUUAUAACUCUUUCAGAAAUUACACUGGUGAGAUCAGUAUUAUGACUCAUAUUUCAGUUGAAUAAGUUAAUGAUGACUCAUGUUAGUUUCAUUAUUGGGCACUUAAUUUGCUGUUAAGUAAUUAUUGGAUCUGUUUGUACUAGUAAAAUAUAAAUAAUGUGCGUGUAUUAGUAAAAUAUUA